GCGGUGGUGUUGCGGGGUCAUGUACAGCAAUAAGACUGGCCCAGUUGUUCAAUUUGGCAGCUACAACUUGGCGGAAAAUUUUAGUUAUUGAUGAGAGAGCUCCAAAUGCAGAAACGUUUAAAGUUGGAGAGUCCUUGCCGGGAGAAGCAAAAUCUACACUUCAGUCGUUGGGUGUACUUGAGGCAGUAAAUAACGAUGCAAUGCAAGGAAAACAUAACUUUUGUUACGAAAAUUGUUCUGCAUGGGGUUCUGAUGAUUUACUGGGUACUAAUACAAUAUUCAACAUUUAUGGUGAGGGGUUUCAUUUGGAUAGGCUUCUAUUUGAGGAAACGCUGCUUAAAACUGCUGUGUUGGAACAUGGUCAACUUAUUACAAUUAUGCGUGAUUCUAAGGUGACUGAGUUAUUCCUCUCCAAAAAUAUUGAUCAAGGGGAUGCACAUUGGAAGAUUACGAUUUCAAGCGACGAACCAUCUCAUCCACACCAAAUUCACGGGAAAGCCCUCAUUGAUGCAAGUGGCC